CUCAUUUUCACUAUCUUGAUUCCCAUCUCUCUCACGCAUAGUGCUAUGAGCAGCGCGAGUCCAAUCGGCGCUUGCGCCGCCCGGCUCAUGGCUGCCGCGUGCUCGCCGCGGCGCGCUCGAUCGCGGUUGGCGCCGCUUGCGGCGGCGGUGGUUCCGGCCGGACUCUCGGAGGGGGUUCUUAUGCUGGCCGAUGCUGUCUCUUCCGCGCGCACGGAGGUAGGGGCCGGGACUCGCGACGAGCUCGUCUGCUUCGUUAGUUCCCAAUAUCAGCCGCCACUCGAGUGUCCCUCCUCCUCUCGCUUUCUGUUCGAUCCUCAACCCCUGCAUCCCUCAUGCCGAGGUGGCUGGUAGGAACGAGAUGUGCAAGCUAAUUAGAGAAGUUCAAUAUACCCGUAAUGCUCGAACUCAAAUGUACUGUUCUAUUUUGUGUAUGAUGAUAUGUUUAUUUGAUCGAAUGAAUUCGGUGUUGAUGUUGCUCCUUAAAGGUCAUGCUAUUCCUUCAAGGUAUGCUUGUUCAAUGGCCUCUUUCAAUUUGUUUAUCAUAAGUUUUGUUAUAGCUUUGAUGACGUAAUAAAAUAUGUUCCGUAACAAGUUUAUU